AAAGUAAUAAUUUGAACGGACACUGAAACGCUGUUGAAUCCCACUUCACACUCUCCGACUCUCUCCUCCAGCGACUGAAAUGAAGGCCCGAGGCCGAGGCCGUGGCCGGCCGAAGCAGUCCUUCAUCCCGCCGCCCCCGCCGUCGCUGGACCUCCGUCAGUACGGCGGGGGUCGUGACUCCGACGCGAGCUUCGCCAGCAGCCGCCCCUCCUCUAUCGGCGUCGGCCGCUCCACCGCCGCGGCCGAUCUCGUCAACGACCGCUCCUACCAGCAGUCCGCCGUCCGGGCCAUCAACGCCUACCUCUCUUCCCAUUCAUUCCCUCACCUCAUCAAGACCACUUUCCCUUCCGCUAAGGACAUCACCUCCAUCGUCAACUUCAUCAUCUCUCAGCUCGAUUACCCCAACCCUAAAAUGGAGGACGACCUCCCGUUCAUCCUCAAAUCCCUCAAUUGCCCCUUCAAAAUCACCAAAUCCGCCCUUCGUACGCCCGCCACCCCCCACGCCUGGCCCGGCUUCGUCGCCGUCCUCCACUGGCUCGUGCAGAUCGCGAUGUACAACGAGGAUUUAGCUUCGAAUCAAUCGUCCUUUGCUCAUGAAAACUCCAUGUACGAGUAUGCGCUCCAGAGCUACUUGCACUUCAUUAGAGGGGAUGACGACUCUGUUGAAGCUUUGGAUGGCGAUUUCAUGAAGAAGUUGGAGCAGGAGAGGGAUAAUGUGGUCGAGAAGGUGAAGGGAUUGGAGAGAGAUGCCGAUGAGCUCAAAGCGAGAAUGGAGAAGCAGAGUACUGACCUGCCUAAAAAGGAAGAGGAGAAGUCGGUGCUUGAAGCCGAUGUUAAGAAGUUCAACACCAUGAUCGAGAAGAUCAAUCUGCAAAUGUCAGUCCUGGAGAAGGACUUGGAGGAGAAGGAGAAGGAGCUGAGGACGAAAGUAGAGGAGAGGAAGAGGAUCUGCGAAGAGAAUGAGGGGCUGAAGAAGACCGUGCAGUCGCAGACGUUCAACACCAGGGAUGCCGAGAGGAUGAAGAAGGAGAUGCAGGCCGUGGAGAGAGAGAUCGCUGAAGCCGGAAUCGAGAGGAAUAGCUUCGAGGAGAAGUGCUGGGAUCUCGACUCAACAAUCGGGCACAAGUUGAAGGAACUCGAGGAACUCGCCAAGGAGUGCAACAAGACAAUCCGCAAGUUAAAGCUUGGCAGCAAUCUUCAAUACGUGUUGAAUCCGAGUGGAACUACGCCUGCUGAGGUGAUGGGAAUUGACUAUAAGUCGACAAUUACACCAGCACUUGAUUCACACACCGAUGAAAUAAACAAAAGCUCGGUGGUUAAACUGGAGGAGAUGAUUGCUCUUCAACGGCAAUUAAAAGAAAAUUUUGCGAGGAUUGAGGAAAAGAGAAACCGUGUUGCGGCUCUACAUUCCCGUAUAGAGGAACUUGAAGCUCGGUUGAAUUCAUUGAAGAAGGAAACACAGGAAUAUGUUCAUAGAUGUGCACUCGAAGCUAAAAAGAUUACAGAAGAAAUUCGGACGGAGGCUCACAACAUGGGUAUUGUGGAAAGAGAAGCUGCCGAGGUUCUUAAGGCAUCUGAGUUGAAGUUGCAGGAUGCUAUCAAAGAAAGCGAGGAAGAAACUCAGAGGUGCGCCCUCGAACUCUUAGCAAUGGUGGAUUCAGUCUCGGAGUACAAGGAAUACGUCGAAGGCAAAAUCUCGGAGAUGAAGCAGAGUCUCACGGAUACCGCCAAGUCCGUAUCAGAAGCUUACAAAGCUUCUCUCCCAGCACUACUUGCUCAAAGUUUGUGUUCGAACAAGCAGUAGUCGAACACUUGUUUAUAGGACCAGUUAGUUAACCGUUCGUUUCUGCUCGAUCGUUAUAUGUGAUUGUUGCUCAUCUCUGAUUUGUAUAUGCACGCAUUACUAAAUGAAUUGGUAUUUCGCUUUCUUUUCUAAA